AUGCGAGUGGUCGGGAAGCCGCGCUUCGACUUCCACACCGCACUGCAGUACAACUUCUCGGCGUUCAGCCUGCUGGAGGCGUACAGGGAGAGGCUGGCCCCCCGCCUCCACAUCCUCCAGUACAGCAACGGUACCCAGCGCUGGAUCGAGAGCCUGGGCCUCCCCGUGCUGGAGCCCUGGCGGCCCUGGGCGCUCCCGGGCGGCGGGCCCCCCGCGGGGUACCGGGUGCGCUACGACGCGGGCGGCCCGGAAGGCACCUCCUCCUUCACCUACGCCACGCUGCGGGACGCGGGCCACAUGGCCCCGCGGUACAAGCCCCGCGAGGCGCUGCACAUGAUCCGGCAGUUUCUGCGCGGCGCGUCGAGUGCCGCCGAGGCCGCCGAGGUCUUCACGUGA